AUGGAAGCCCUUGGAGCCUACGGUAGCUCUUCAGACGAUGAAUCAAAUGAAGCUCAGAGUUCUCCCAAGAUUAUUUCUUCGUCUUCAUUGGUUCCAAUUGUUAACACAAUUGCCCCUGUUGAAAUCAAGGAAGAUGUUCUUAAAGUAGUUCCUGUCGAUCCUCAUUCAAGAGAAUUAGUUCACAAUCCCCGUUAUGACCAGCUGUUUGCUCCAAAGGUUGGACCCGAGAAUCCGUUUUCUUCCGAAUCUCAGAAAGCUCCAAAAAAUAUGCUGACCGGAAUAGUUGAACCAACUCAUGUUAAUCCAUUUACUUUCGAAAAUCAAUACCGUACUUUUAUGCGGUAUGGGUAUGCUGACGAUCCCAGCGUUCUUGGAGUCAACAAGGGUAAAGUUGUUGGCUCCCCUGAAAGGGUCGAAAAUGAAGAAGGUAAAACCGUUGCAGAACGCAAAGGUUUCUCGAAAAGUAAGAAACGUCAAUUGGAUGCUAACUGGGAUCCUUCAAGUGAGAAUUACACGGGUCCCUGGGCAAAGUACAAGGACGAGGUGACAGUUUCGGUACCUUCAGAGGAAGAUAGAGUCUACCUGGAGGCCUAUUUGGCCAAGAAGGCUGUCAAGAAGAAGCGUGUUGAAGAGGCGCCAAUGUCUGAAGAGAAGACGACUCUUCAUAUCUCUACGCCAUUGGAUUACCAAGGUCGCUCAUUCAUACAUCCUCCUCACGAUGUUCCUGGCGUUAAUUUGAUCACGGAUGAGCCACCGGAAAGGUGCUUCUUACCCAAAAAACUUAUUCAUGAAUGGAGUAACGCUCAUGCCCGUGGCGUAUCUGCCAUUCGUCUUUUCCCGAAGACUGGACACUUGCUUUUGUCUGCCGGUAUGGACAGUAAGAUCAAGCUAUGGGAGAUGUACGGUGAUCGACGAUUAAUUCGUUCCUACAUUGGUCAUCGUCAAGCUGUACGCGACGUUACUUUCAACACAGCCGGAACUCAGUUCCUCUCUGCCUCUUACGAUCGAUUUAUCAAGUUGUGGGAUACCGAGACGGGCAACUGCUCCGGCCAGUUCAAUCUCAAGAAGGUUGCAUAUUGUGUCAAGUUUAAUCCUGAUGAGGACAAACAACAUCUCUUCUUGGCUGGUUGUGCUGACAAGAAGAUUCUCUGCUACGACGUUCGUAGUGGUGAAGUAGUUCAACAAUACGACCGUCACUUGGGCGCCGUGAACACAGUGACUUUUGUGGACAAUAAUAGACGCUUCGUCUCCACUUCGGAUGACAAAUCUCUUCGUGUAUGGGAAUGGGAUAUCCCUGUGGAUUUUAAGUACCUUGCUGAUCCUUCCCUGCAUUCGAUGCCUGCUGUUACACUGUCACCUAAUGGAAAGUAUCUUCUCUGUCAAUCCCUCGAUAAUCAGAUUGUCGUAUUUAACGUCUUUGCGGGUUAUAAACGAAUGCGCAAGAAGCUUUUUAGAGGACACACAGUAUCUGGCUACGCAUGUGUUCCAGACAUGUCGCCGGAUCUUCGAUAUGUCAUAUCCGGAGAUGGUGAUGGUUUGAUUCACCUCUGGGAUUGGAAAACGACUCGUCUUCUCACAAAAUGGAAGGCGCAUGAUUCCGUCUGUAUUGAACUUGCCUGGCUACCGCAUGAAACAUCUAAAGUCGUUUCAGCUGGUUGGGAUGGUGUUAUUAAGUUGUGGGACUAG